AUGCUAGGAGUCUUCAGGCACUACAUCGACAAGGAGGCAGUGAAGCUCUCCGGAGGCAAUCAGAGGAAGCUGUGCGCUGGUAUAGCGCUCGUGGGCCAUCCAUCUAUUGUAUUCUUGGACGAGCCCACGACUGGGGUCGAUCCCGAAGCUCGGAGGCGUAUCUGGGAUAUGAUCCACAAGAUAGCACAUGAUCGCCAUAAGACGUCUGCGGUCAUACUCACAACUCACAGUAUGGAAGAGGCAGAUGCUCUAUGCGAGACCAUGGUCAUCCAGGCGAAUGGACAAUUCCGCUGUCUAGGAACAUCCCAGCAGAUCAAGUCAGACUACGGCCGUAACUACAGGCUGUGGAUACACUUUCGUGAAGCCUCUGACGAUGAGAAGGAGCAGAGUUUGCAGCAACUCCUAGCAUAUGACGACAUCACAAUGGCUACUAUUCGUGAUGGCUAUGUUACUCUUUCGGACACUGACUUAGAAUCUCGACUCUCGAAGUUGGGCAUCGAGGGCUGUCGUUUAGUGGAUAGCGUGCUCACUGCUGGAACUCUGGACGGAACACUCAACCGUACCUUCAAUCGGGGUGCUCUGGCAUCUGCCGUCGUCCGAGCUCUUCAGCAUAUGAAGGCCCUGAGAUGGCUCAUGAUCAAUGUAUCCUCCGAGUGUCAAACCUUGGAGGAAGUUGGCGAAUUUGCGCUUCCGCGCGAUCUCGACUUGGGAUUCAUCUUUUCGAAGCUUUCGCCUGCACACGUCCAGGCAGAGCUAGAAAUGCAUGAUUUCCAGCUCUCCCAGACGACGCUCGAGCAGAUCUUUAACAGGAUCGCCCAUGACGAAGCUCAUCCUAUCCAGAGGGAACUAUAG